CGCAGUGAUUCCUCUCAUACAGACCGGAGCGCCCGUAAAGUCAAGUUACGGCUGAGAUAAAUGUAAAAUAGUGACAACACAAACAGUUUUUUUCUUUAUGGUAGAUUUUUCUUAACAGGAAAAAGUAACGCAAAGAAACACAAUAAGGCGUUCGUUUUUAAACGUCACCAGUCUGGAAAUUUCAAGGAGUGGAGGAUGAAGGUUCUGCCGUGGAGGGUGCAACAGGUGCUUUGCGUUCUGCUGCUUUUGUGUGUUUUCCAACUCUGCAGCACUAAGACACAAGGAGAGGUCAUUUGUUCUGGCACCCAGAAUGGCGCAAGCAUAUCGGGAAGUUUUGAUUUAUGGUACAAUCUGCUAAAGAAGAUGUACACCGGCUGUAACAUUGUGAAGGGCAACCUUGAGAUUGCAGGUAUGGAGCACAGCAGAGACUUCAGCUUCCUGCAGUCUAUUAAGGAGGUGACCGGCUACAUCCUGUUUGCCUUCAAUGAGUUCUCUCGCCUACCUUUGGACAACCUGCGUCUCAUCAGAGGCACCACUCUGUAUGAAAACAAGUAUGCUUUGGCUGUGAUAAUGAACUACAAUUCAAGCAGGCAGUAUGGUGUUCAAGAGCUGGGCCUGACGCACCUUACAGAGAUUCUAGAGGGAGGCGUCAAUAUCAUCCAUAAUAAGUACCUGAGCUACGCCCCGCAGGUGAACUGGUUGGACAUAUUGAAGGAUGAAACAGCUGAAUUAAAGAUUGAAGACAAUGGUCCUGAAAAGCCUUGUGACAAAGCAUGUGGAGACGUGCCAUGUUGGGGACCAGGAAAUGACACAUGCCAGAUCUUGACGAAGACAGUGUGCGCUCCUCAGUGUAAUGGCCGAUGCUUUGGUAAAAACCCGAGUGAAUGUUGCCACAGCGAGUGUGCUGGAGGCUGCACGGGCUCCCUUGAUACAGACUGCUUCGCUUGCAAGAACUUCAACAACUCGGGAUCAUGCGUGCCUCAGUGUCCCCAGACUAUGUUGACAUUAAAAAUGGAGCCCAACCCUAAUACAAAGUACCACUAUGGCACUGUUUGUGUGGCCCAUUGCCCUGAAAACUUUGUUGUGGAUGACAGCUCAUGUGUGAGCAACUGCCCAUCGGAUAAAAUGGCAGUGGACAAAAUUGGAGUGAAGCGAUGUGAGCCCUGUGUAGGCCUCUGCCCAGAAGUGGUCAUUUGUUCUGGCACCCAGAAUGGCUUGAGCACAACGGGAAAUUCUGAGAUCCAGUACAAUCUGAUGAAGAAGAUGUACACCGGCUGUAACAUCGUGAUGGGCAACCUUGAGAUUACGAUGAUGGAUCACAGCAGAGACUUCAGCUUCCUGCAGUCUAUUAAGGAGGUGACCGGCUACAUCCUGUUUGCCCUCAAUGAGUUCUCUCGCCUACCUUUGGACAACCUGCGUGUCAUCAGAGGCACCACUCUGUAUGAGAACAAGUAUGCUUUGGCUGUGAUGAUCAACUAUCAAAAAGGCGGGCAGUAUGGUGUUCAAGAGCUGGGCCUGACGCACCUUACAGAGAUUCUGGACGGAGGAGUCAAUAUCAUCCAGAAUAAGUACCUGAGCUACGCCCCGCAGGUGAACUGGUUGGACAUAGUGAAGGAUGAAACAGCUGAAUUAAAGAUUGAAGACAAUGGUCCUGAAAAGCCUUGUGACAAAGCAUGUGGAGACGUGCCAUGUUGGGGACCAGGAAAUGACACAUGCCAGAUCUUGACGAAGACAGUGUGCGCUCCUCAGUGUAAUGGCCGAUGCUUUGGUAAAAACCCGAGUGAAUGUUGCCACAGCGAGUGUGCUGGAGGCUGCACAGGCUCCCUUGAUACAGACUGCUUCGCUUGCAAGAACUUCAACAACUCGGGAUCGUGUGUGCCUCAGUGUCCUCAGACUAUGAUCUACAACAAACAAACAUUUAAAAUGGAGCCCAACCCCAAUGCAAAGUACCAGUAUGGCUCUAUUUGUGUGGCCCAGUGUCCUGCAAACUUUGUUGUGGACGACAGCUCGUGUGUGAGCAACUGCCCAUCAGAUAAAAUGGAAGUGGAGAAAAAUGGAGUGAAGCGAUGUGAGCCCUGUGUAGGCCUCUGUCCAAAAGUUUGUCAUGGCACUGGAAGUCAAUCCAGGCAAACCGUUGAUGCUCAUAACAUUGACAGUUUUAUAAACUGCACUAAGAUCCAGGGCAAUCUGCACUUCCUGGUAAUAGGAAUAAAAGGUGAUGAGUACACCGGCAUACCAGCUCUUGAUCCAGAAAAACUCAAAAUUUUCAACACUGUCCAGGAGAUCACAGAUAUCCUCAGUAUCCAGUCAUGGCCUGAAAGCAUGUCUGACCUGUCAGUCUUCUCCAACCUCCAAACAAUUCAAGGCAGAACUCUUUACAAAGGAGUUAGCUCUAGAAGGGGCUACUCUCUCCUGGUGGUGAGGAUCAAAUCCUUGACCUCCCUUGGCUUAAAGUCGCUUCAGAGAAUCAAUGAUGGUGGUGUCUACAUCACAGGGAACAAAAAUCUCUGCUACUACCAGACUGUGAACUGGACGCGUAUCCUAAACAGCAACUCCCGUCAGCAGAGGCGCCAGAAGCACAUCGACAUUAAAGAUAACAGACUGCCAACUGUCUGUUCUAACGAAGGCCAUGUAUGUGACCCUCUGUGCUCGUCUGAUGGCUGCUGGGGUCCUGGGCCAGAUCAGUGCGUUUCUUGCAAGAAGUACAGCCGGGGAGGGACGUGUGUGCCAGACUGCUUGUUCUUAACUGGGGAGAAGAGGGAGUUUGCUACUCCGUCGGGGGAGUGUAUGCCCUGUCACCAUGAGUGUAAGGUCCAAGAGGGGAAGGAGACCUGCAGGGGCCCGGGAGCAGAUCAGUGUGUAGCAUGUGCUAGCCUGCAGGAUGGCCCACAUUGUGUCCCCUCAUGUCCUGAGGGUGUGAUGGGUGGGGAAGGAGUCAUCUUUAAAUACCCCAACAAGCAGGGUCGUUGUGAACCAUGCCACAUCAACUGCACCCAAGGGUGUACUGGACCAGGAAUUCGGGACUGUGUGGAACUGUCUUCCCGAUACAUUUCUGGACAAGCGACCACAGGCAUCGUAUUGGGAGCGAUUGCCUUUGUCUUUGUUUCAUUUUCUGUUUUCAUCUUGACUGUUCUGUACCGACGAGGUCUCGCAAUCCGGCGCAAGCGAGCUAUGAGGAGAUACAUGGAGAGUGGAGAAAAUUUUGAGCCUUUGGAAGAGAAAGAGAAAGUCCAAGCCCGAAUCUUGAAACCCACAGAUCUGCGUAAGAUCAAGCUGCUUGGUAAUGGAGUCUUUGGAUCUGUUCACAAGGGCAUUUGGAUUCCUGAAGGAGACACAGUAAAGCUGCCUGUUGCCAUAAAAACAAUCCAUGAUCGCAUUGGGCGUCAGACAUUUUAUAAGCUGACAGAUCACAUGAUUGCAAUGGGACGCAUGAACCACAUUAACGUCGUCAGGACACUUGGCAUCUGUCCUGGUGAGAGCCUGCAGCUUGUCACCCAGCUCACCAAUCAAGGCUCCCUGCUAGAGCACGUCAGGAACAACAAGAACAAGCUCAGUCCACAGAGGCUGCUCAACUGGUGUGUUCAAAUCGCAAAGGGUAUGAAUUACCUGGAGGAGAACAGGAUAGUCCACAGAAACUUGGCUGCCAGAAAUGUACUUCUGAACAAUAAUUUCACAGCCCAGAUUUCAGACUAUGGCAUUGCAGACCUGCUCUAUCCUGAUGAAAAAAAAUACUUUUACAAUGAGGUCAAGACACCAAUUAAGUGGAUGGCCUUGGAAAGCAUCUUGUUUCGCAGAUACACUCAUCAGAGUGAUGUCUGGAGUUAUGGUGUGACAAUAUGGGAGAUGAUGUCUUAUGGGACAGAACCAUAUGCAUUAAUGCGUCCACAGGCAGUUCCUGAUCUGCUGGAGAAGGGCGAGCGUCUUUCCCAGCCUCAAAUAUGCACCAUUGAUGUGUACAUGGUCAUGGUUAAGUGUUGGAUGAUUGAUGAGAAUGUCCGUCCAACAUUUAAGGAGCUGGCCAGUGAAUUUACUAAAAUGGCCAGAGACCCUCCCCGCUAUCUGGUUAUCAAAGAGGAUUGCAGCCAACAGGAUUCACCUCCAGAUGAAGUUACCCAACGGAGUGCCGACCUGGAUGACCUGGAUGAUCCAGAAAUUGAUCUAGAGGACUUGGGGGCAGAGGGAGUGGUGGAUGGCAUCGCUCCAACAUCCCACUACCUGUCCAAGAGUGUCAGUCGUCUCUCCAGGAUGGACACUCAUAGAGUGACUCUUAAUCCAUCAACUGGGACUGGAUACUUGCCUAUGACUUCAGGUGUUGACAAUACAGUACAGGCUAUGUGGCAGUCUCGCUCUCGACUAAACUCUGCACGCACUAUGUCUGAGAGCUCUGAGGGCUGUGGGACAGCAGUGGAGCAGGAGAUGAGCGAGGACUUCUCACUGGCAGGAAGCUUGAAAAGAAGACGCCACAGAGAGGACAGUGCUUAUGUGUCACAGAGAGACAGCAUGUCCGGUGGACCACCAGAGACUCCCUCCUCAGAGAUGGAGGAAGAAGACCUGAAUGGAUACGUACUUCCUGGAAGCACCCCAGAAAGAGAUCCUCUCCUGUUCUCAUCCCGAGCCAUUCCUGGCAGAAUAGGCAAGUCUCAUUCAGGCCUCUUGGAUGACCCAGAUGAUGAAGAAUAUGAGUACAUGAACAAGCAGAUGUGUGUGACGUCUGUUUCACAGAGGCACAAUGGCCAGGGAUCAAAAUCGAACAAGAAACGAACCUCCUCUGUGUCAUCACAAGCAACGGCAUGUUCCUCUGAAAGCACACUGUCCAUGGAAGUCAGAGGAGGGCACACAAGGAGCAAAGACUACUCUGAUUCAGAGCAGCAGGGAUCCAGCAAAGUUGAAUAUGAAUACAUGGACAUCAGAGGUAGCGAAAAAAAGGAAAUCCCUCCCACACAUGAUCCUCCUCCACCCCCAGUUUCAAUGAGGAUGAGAGGAAAGGUGGAGGAGGAAGAGGAGGAUGAAUAUGUGGAGGACAGUAACUAUCAUUACACAAACAAACAGCCGAAGCUGCGGCAAGCUCUUCAAGACAAAAGGGAGCUGAAGAUUCAAGGGAGAGAUGAUGGUGAGGUAUAUGAAUAUGAGGACAUGGACUACUUUGCUGCCCCACCACCUAUAGAUACAGUAGUGUACCAGAACAUGCAAAGAGAGGAAGAGGGAGCAGUAGGUGGCACACAGACUCCUCCGUCUGGGUUCAACCCCCACAUGAAAGUGCAAGCAGGAGUUGGGAUGGGAGAACCUGCUGCUGGUGACAGAUCUUUUGACAAUCCAGGCUACUGGCACAGCAGGAUGUUCCUAAAGACCAAUGCAGUAUCCACAUGAAGAACAUUUUAAAUCUCGUCUCUGGGACACAGCAAUGAAGGAACUAAAAGGAAAGACACAAUGUAGCCUAUAAAAAAACAUCUGUGUGAUUAUAAUUGUACCUCUGUUGUUUAUAUUAGAAGCCAAUUGUGGACAUUUUAAAAUAUACAAAUGAAAAUAAAUAAACUUCAAAAAUAUGCUAAACUUUUAAAAUAAUUACAUCACAGAGAGCAGUAGUUUUCUACUUUUCUGAUCUUUAUCACUACCUUUAUCAUAUGUAAAUAUAGAUUUAAGAUACCUUUAUGCAGCUCACAUAUGUUUUUUGCCAGAUGUUCAAACCAAUUCUUGCCUCCUACAGAAUGUCAAGAAUGAAAAGUGUGCACAAUUUUUAGAUUGACUUCCGUCAGUAUAUAGAAAAAUGUGAUUUCUUGUUUGUUUGUAAUAUUUUCACUUUGAGCAGCUAAUUUUUUAUAGAAAGUUUGUCAUAAUGAUAACAUACAUGAUCAUUCUUUUCAUAUUAUGUUAGUAGAAAUGGGCUACCAUGCAUUUUAAAAGGUAUAGAAUGUUAGGGAUUUCAGGAAUUAACAGCACUGAGUGUUGAAACACUAACAGAAAAGAACAGAUAGCAAGCUAUAUUUUUCUGUUUACAUUUUGAACUGAUGAAAUAUUUUAGAGAACAAAUGACAUUGUGGGGAACUAUCUCUUCAGACUUCUUAUAAUGAUGAUAAAUGAAACACAUUUUCAUACUCAAUAAAAAUACUUUGAACAGCU